AUGGGUGUGCAAUUCGGAUCCUUCGACGAGAUAUGUCAAACAGCAGCCCUCGUAAUCUGCCCUCUAGUUGGCGCAGCCCAAGGCAUAGAGCCAACAUGCUACAGCCGUAAUGUGGAGUUCUCAGGGACCCUCGUCUUCCAGCCAGCUACCCUUUGCAUCCACGUCGCAGCAAUUGUCAUGACUGCCAUUAUGAUUUUCCACAUCCGGGGGAAAUACACGGCCAUCGGUCGGAAGGAGAUCCUACAUUUCUUCUACCUUUACGCCAUAAUUGAGUUGUUGGGACUGUUCCUGGAUUCCGGUAUCAUUCCAACGUCGAACGUCAGCUAUCCUUGGUUUGCGGCGGUGUAUACCGGGUUUGUCGCUGCGCUAUACGUCGCUCUCCUAGUGAACGGCUUCGUCGGGUUCCAAUUCGCCGAAGAUGGCACUCCAAUCUCGUUAUGGCUACUCCGAGGAUGCAUGCUCGUUAUCUUCGCUGUCUGUUUCUUCAUCGCCAUCGCCACCUUCAAGCAGUUCGCUGGUUUCAAUUACGCAAAGCCGAUCGGCCUCUGGGUUAUCUACAUCAUCUGGCCGCUGGUCUGCGUCAUUGUCUACACCAUCUCGCAGCUCAUGCUCGUCCUGCAAACACUAGAGGAUCGUUGGCCUAUCGGCGACAUCGUCUUCGGCGUCGCAUUCUUCACGAUCGGGCAGGUGCUCUUGUUCGCGUUCAGCGUCACCAUCUGCAACGCGAUCAAACACUACAUCGAUGGGCUGUUCUUCUUCACCCUCUGCAUGCUCCUCAGCGUAAUGAUGGUCUACAAGUACUGGGACAGUAUCACGCGCGAGGACCUCGAGUUCUCUGUUGGCUCCAAGGCAACAGUAUGGGAGGUCAAAGAUCCACUUCUCGCGAACGGAGACUACGACGACGACGUCAGCAACUACCACAGUGGCAACACAGCCAGCUUGGUUGGUGGCGUCAGUGGCAAGCAGCUGUAUGGCGGUCGUGGCUACCCGCCACCGCCGGACAGGUUUUGA